AUGUCGCACGGCAAGCAGUUCACCUUGUACACCCACCAGGCCGGCCCCAACGGCUGGAAGGUCGCGUUUGUCUCGACUGAACUCGGUCUGACCUACGAGAGCAUCUACCUCGACUUUGGCAAGAACGAGCAGAAGGCUGCUGAGUACACCAAGUACAACCCCAACGGCUGUAUCCCGACCUUGAUUGACCACAAGAACAACGACUUCGUUGUCUGGGAGUCCAACGCGAUCAUCGUCUACCUUGCCGAAAAAUAUGACACGGCGCAUCGCAUCUCUGCGUCGACGCCAAACGAUAAGGUGUUCGAGCUCCAGUGGCUCUUCUUCCAAGCCUCUGGCCAAGGCCCAUACUUCGGUCAGGCCGCCUGGUUCAAGGUCUACCACCCUGAGAAGGUCCCUAGCGCGAUUGAGCGCUACCAGAAGGAGACCGCGCGUGUCAUCGGCGUUUUGGACGGCGUGCUCUCCAAGCAGGAGUGGCUUAUUGGCGGCAAGUACAGCGUUGCCGACAUCGCAUUCGUGUCGUGGACCAAUGUUGCCUUGGCCCUGGUUUUGCCGGACGCGCAGGGCAUCAACGUCGAGAAGGACUACCCGGCAUUCUGGGUGUGGCACCAGAAGCUGAUGGCACACGACUCGAUUAAAGCCGUGUGGGCUGAGAGGGCGGCUGUGCAGUCGUAA